AAACUUCUCUGGCUCCCUAAGAGGACCCUGAGAUAUUUUAACAAAAUAUUGACACCCAAUGAAGUUUUCUUUCUUCAGCUACAAACAGUCUGGAGUCACAGCAAGUUGUUUUAAGUAGAUGGAAGUUGACUAAUUUUUCACAGAAGCUGGAUUGUAUUGCUCAUUCUAAGCAGGAAAUUUGCAGCAAGUACAUCUGAGGAUCUUCCUGACCUCCAGCUGUUAUGAUAUCAGCUGAGAAACAUCUUCACAGGACCUCUGUGCAAGCUUGAACAACAGAAAACAUAAACAGAGACUGUGCUGCCUCUUAUGGCUAACAGCAACGCAGUGGGCGCAACUCCUGAAAUCCUCAACGUCACCGGCAACUUCACAGGCAACAGCACCACAUCUAGCGCUGUGCAUGUGGCCAGUGUGAUCAGCUGGUUGACAUUCUGCAUCGGGCUACCCGUCCUCGGUCUGGCUCUUUACACCCUCAAGAAUCUGUCUAAAGGCGAGAACAAGGUUCCCAUGCAUAUCAUGUUCCUCCUGCUGACGGACGUCAUCAGUUUCUUUGGUCGUCCCACCGUGAAUCAGAGCACAGAAGCUGACACAGUCUUCUCAUCCAAUGCCACUGACAUCAUCUUUUAUUUUGGGAUCACUUCCAACAUCACCCUCAUGCUGUUUAUAGCCCAGGAGCGCCAUCUGCUGGUGGCCUACCCACAGUGCCAUGGCUGCUGCACCAGUAUCAGGCAGUCACCUGCAGUGACCUUGCUGGCAUGGGCCGCUCCUUUUGGCAUGCUCACUCUCGCCGUGCUACACUACAACUUCUGGUUCUCUGUCUCUCUGCUUGCCCCUUUUCCCUUCCUCCUCUUUUUCGCUGUGGAUUCCUGGAGGGCCCUACACUGCUCCAGAUCCAACCCUCCAAGCCCAGACAGGAGGAGGGCAGUGUGGGGGAUCGGGGCAAUCUGGGCCAACUACACUUUCCUCUAUGCUCCCUUUAUCCUUAGUGUCCUCUUGGAUGCUCUCUCUUUCAAGGGACAGGUCCCCUACCUGGGUCUGGUUUCUCACCUGCUGCUCUAUCUCAGCCCACUGGUGGACCCCUUCCUUUAUAUCUUUAUGACCAAGGGUCCAAAAGAGGUACUGCAAGUUCUACCCUGCUGUCAAAAAUUAAGAAAGAAAGAGAACACAAGACCCACAGUAGAAACUGUGGCUGAAACUGUAGAAACAAGGCUUUGAAGAGAUGGAUUAUGAGCAUUUCUGAGCUCUGUUUGGGAUGACUUAAAUCCCUGCUGGAUAUCUUUAAGUUACUAUUAAAAUUCAAUCUCAGAUAAUUCUAUACAUAUUCAGGAUAAAAGAUGCUACUCAUCAAGAGAAGUCACAAAACAUUCAGUAACAGAAACAAAAUCUUGCCAUAACUUUGAUAGAAGUUUAGUGCUUGGCGUGAGACAUAUUUAGACGACAUUCAGGUCAAGACAUUAGCGGUAAACACAACUGACCUUCAGUGGGUUCUUGAUUGCACUGAAAAGAAUAUGCUUUGGAAAGUUUUUUUUUCUUAUUGAAACUGAAGACUUGACUUGUUCAUUGACCGGCCCAAUUUGUUUUAAUCAAGGGAGUUUCAGAUAGGUGGUUAAACGGUCCUUACAUGACAGAGUUGGUCAUUUUCUUUAUUUUCUACUCAUCAUAUCUUUCAGUUUUUUUCCAUUACCCUUUAGUCCUGGUCUACGAACUGACUCAAACCAAAUGAAGUAAGAACCCAGAAAAAUAUUCCUGCAAGCCUGACUAGACAUACACUACAUUGUCAAAAGCAUUGGCUCGCCCCUCCGGACCAUUGAAUUCAGGUGUUCCAAUCAAUUCCAUGGCUACAGGUGUGUGAAAUCCAGCAUCAAGGCCUGCAGACUUUUACGUGGUACCAUGUUAUGAUGCUACUUGUGCAAUAAGUCCAGUUGUGAAGUUUUCUUGUCAAUAAAUAUUACACGGUCAAAUGUUAGUGGUAUUAUAACAAAGAGGAAAUGACUGGGACCGACAGCAAUUCAGCCGCAAAGUGGUAGGCCACAUAAAAUAGAGCAUUGAAAUAGAACAGGGUCAACGGAUGGUCAUGAACUUUCUGCAGAGCCAGUAGUUAUAGAUCUAGAAAUGUCACGUGGCCUUCAGAUUAGCUCAUGCAAAAAGUUGUAUGUCUGACAAUCUUUGGGGGAGUUCUGGUUUGGCAGUUACCAGAAGGACAGCACUUCGUUGAGAGCAUUGUGUCGUGUGUAAAGUUCUAUGGAUGAAGGACCAAGGCGUGGGACCCCUAUUUCAGUGAGGGGAACUUUUAAUGCUUCAGCAUACCAAGAUAUUUUAGACAACCCCAUUCUCCCAACAGUGUGGGAACAGUUAGGGGAUGGCACCUUUCAGUUCAAACGUGACUGUGCACUACAGCACAAAGCAAAAAGUACA